CCCUAGACAGGUGAAUGGGGAGGGGUUUAAUGUGAAACAAAUCGAAAAGCAAAACAAGGAGAGUUAUAAAAUCCAGAGGAGUCGCCAGAAGUCUUCUCUCUCUCGCAAUGCCGGAGCAGCACCAUAAGACGAGGAACCAGAACUAUCCCGAGCCUGAAAGGCGAGACAGAGACUACAGGAGAGACAGAGGAAAUGAAUCCUACAGGGAAGACAGGAGCACGAGUUAUCAUUACGAAGAUAGGACGAGGAACUACAGACAACCUGAACAGGAAGUAUUUACACCUGAUGAGUCAACAAACAAAGACGCUCUUUACAACCUGAGAUACAUUCCCACAGCCAGAGGUCUUGGCCAGAUCAUGCAGUUUUUUGUGAACCUGCUGAUCGUGAUCUGCGCUGGCGUUCCGUACAGCGACAAGGGUCGGUACCGGGACCUGGCCAGCCUGGGUAACUUGUACUACUACUAUUACGGUGGGGCGCAGGCUUUCACGACGCAGGAGGCGCAGAAAGUAAAUGAGCUUAGCGACCUUUUCUACAAGCUUAAGAUCCCUCCGUACAUUUAUAGCAUGGCUUGCGGUGGAGCGUUGAUGGUUUACGCUUUAGUCAUGCUGGCGCUCGGGGUGUUCCGCGUGCCGUACCGCUACCCCGUCGUGCUGCUGGUCGAAGCCGUGCUGGACGGACUGAUAAGCCUGGGGUACAUCCCUGCCCUGGCCUUUUACUUCAUCAGACUCAAGGAGACGUACAGCAACCCCAUCUGCAAGCAGAGGGAGGAGAUGUACAAGAGCAAAGGCAUCAAUGGUUAUGAGUGCAGUAUGAGCGGGACAGAUAUCGCAGGAGGGUUCUUCGGCGUGAUGGGCAUCUUCGUGUUCAUGCUAAGCGCCGUGCUCGCUGUGAGAGCGUUCAGGGCCGUCAGACGGAUGAAGCAGCAGAGGGAGGCACAUGAUAACCACUUCUAGACUUCGAAACACUAGUGCUUUUAUUCCUCCUGCCUCAAGUCCUCAAGUCAAGGACCAAGUGCAGGGGAUUACUGGAUCGUGUUACCUGGGAACAUUUUUUCCUCCAUUAGCAGUGCAUGACUUGAUUAAACUCUUCCUUUAAUGUGAAUGUCAAUUUCGGACCCCAAAAGGACAUGACUGUCUUUAUAAACUAUCAGUUUUUAAAAAAAUGCUUUUUAAGGGAUUUCUAUACUACUAUACUUUUUAUAUGUUUUUUCCUAAUAAACAGUCACAUGAA